AUGCAGAAUACAGUCAGCAGCAUUGAAAAUAUUCUUCAAAAUAUAAGUGAACCUACACAGUAUUGCAAAAUGGACUUGGAUAAAAAUACAAAAGAUUGUUAUAAUUUGGACAUGGCUACUAAAAAUUAUAUCCAACAAGAUGGAAGUGCUCAAAAGUAUCCCAGACGAAAUAUAACGCAAAAAAAUUAUUACGAAGGAGAAGAACCAGCAAAUGAUCGCUACGUGUACUGUGAUACCUGCAAAGAAGAUUAUGUAGACUUUUGUUCAAAUUGCGGAGCAUUAGUUGUUCUUGAGGAUACUCCAAUUCGUAUGGGUGUCGAAAUGAGAGCCAAGAAAACAGUACCUAAAGGCAUCUUGGAGGUACAACCAUCAAAAAUUCAUGGUUUGGGAGUAAUUGCUUUGAGAUGUAUACAAAAAGGUGUGAGACUUGGACCAUACCAAGGUCAAAUAACGAGAGUCGACAGUACCACGGGAUAUGCUUGGAAAUUGAAGGACGGGCGUUUGGUGCUCCGCUAA